AUGGAUGUUUGAUUAACAUUAGCAGUCGUAGCCUAGUUGUCAGCUGGCGUAGACUAGCGAACAGUCAACAUUACUGACGAAGUUGUAAGGAUUGUAUAUUGUAGCUAUACAUAUCGGUGUCACGGCAGGCAUAAUUCAGCGGAAGUUAGCUAGGUAGCUAGUGUAACGGUAUAUUUGAGUAGACGAUAAUAUUGAGCUGGUUAUAUGCUAACUAGGUGGCUGUUGUUGCUUCAGAUCCGUAGGCCCGAUAAUAAGAAGUUGACUGUGAUAAUCUUAAAGUGUACCGACAGUAGCCUAAUGUUAUUGCUCCGUACACAACGUUAGGCUAAAGCAACAAAAAUACUGCAGCCAGUAACGUAGCUGAGUUAGUCUAGCUAAUGUAUUGUUACAGUUGGGAUGUAGCGAAUGUUUCGUGGUCUGGAGACGCGUUACACAAUUUGCGAAAUAAUGAGCUUUGUAAAUAAAUUGCAUAUAUAAACUUUUAGUUAGUGUGAUUUUCCUCUUGAGUUGGUUGCUCUGACGCGCACAUUACUUUUUUAUAUCAUUGGGUUCGAACAUGUUAUAUGUUAUCAUUUUGUUCAGUUAAUUUCUUUUUUUAUUUGCAUGUUACCUUGUAUGACAUUUAUAGUUGUUACGACAUUGCUGUUUAAAAAUAAUGACUACAUUGUCUUUGGAUGUAUUUUCAUUUGGCUGACAAUGCAAAUGUUUAGGUUAAUUUAAGGCAAAACAUUGAGCCAUUACACGUGAACACGCUUGAAAUUUUCUAAUUAAAAUUUGCUUGCAAAAAUCCUGGUUGUGGGAUUUUUGGGGGAAUGGGGAAAGCCAUCUUUAAGGAAGUCCAAGGGAAGUGGGCUUGGAAAUCUAAGGUUGCAGGUUCAAUUCCCCAGUUGAGGCACUGCCAUUGAACCCUUGAGCAAGGUCAAUGAAUGGUCAGUCAAAAUCAGGAAGGAGAUGCGAGUGAUUGACAGGCAAAUUCGAGACAUUCAAAGGGAGCAGGAGAAGGUGAAAAGGUCCAUCAAAGAUGCUGCCAAGAAGGGGCAGAGGGAUGUGUGCAUAGUCUUGGCGAAGGAGAUGGUCCAGUCCAAACGGGCUGUAAACAAGCUGUACACGUCCAAGGCCCACAUGAACUCUGUCCUGCUCAGCAUGAAGAACCAGCUAUCUGUAUUGCGUGUGGCUGGUUCUCUGCAGAAGAGUACAGAGGUCAUGAAGUCCAUGCAAAGCCUGGUGAAAAUCCCAGAGAUCCAGGCCACCAUGAGGGAGCUCUCCAAGGAGAUGAUGAAGGCUGGAAUAAUUGAAGAGAUGUUGGAAGACACAUUUGAAGGCAUGGAGGAUGAGGAUGAGAUGGAGGAAGCAGCAGAGGAGGAAGUGGACAAAAUCCUAUUCGAGAUCACAGCAGGUGCACUUGGAAAAGCCCCCAGCAAAGUGACUGAUGCCCUCCCAGAGGUGGAGGCGCAAGGGGCAACAGCAGCAUCGGAGGACGAGGCAGAGGAAGACCUUGAGGAGAUGCAGUCCAGAUUGGAGGCCCUGCGGAGUUAAGAGGGCUCCAGUUUCACUCCUCCCAGCCACACGCACUUCUGUGCAGAGACUGUCCAUGUGAGGCUUCUCUUCAGGCCCUAAAUCCUGCACUUAAAACCAGCUUCACCAUCUCUAAUUUGCAGUAUGUUCCCUUUUCAGACAUAAGAUAUGAUGAAAUGUAAAAUCCCAAAUGUAAGGAGAAUAUUUUACAUUCAUUUCAAAGUGUACUGCACAUUUCAGGGAAAUCAAAUGUUCCCACUUAUAUGUUGUGCUAUAUCUUGAGUAUAUUAUAGAGUAUAUUUCAAAGUGUAAACUGAAUUGGCAAGGUAUUGGCUUAUAUGCAAGUUGGCAGUAGCUGAUGUGUUCUUCUUGGGAUUUGGAUCUCAUAUUGACAUAUUCUCUUCAUAAAAUAAGGCCCAUGAUGACAAAGUUUUAGAAAAGAGUGUGAUUAAAGAGCACGAUUUGUUGCCACUUGAUUGUGUGGCACCAUGCUUGUAUGCAUUUAUCCAGGAUUUAUCAAUGUGUCUCUUAAAGAGCCUUCUUAGAAAAGGCGGUGGUUUUGCGUGGUGGUGGUUUGUAAUAUGAUGAUAGAUUUGUUGUUUUGCUACAUUUAGCUCAAUUGUUCUGAAUUCUAAAAUCUUCACAGUAAAAAUUGAUGAUAUAACUGUAUAUGACUGAAAAUACUGCAGUAGGGGCUGGUUUUUUAAAUGUGUUCUAAUUUCAGAACACUAAUUCAUUGUAUUGGAAUAAUAGGAGUUCACUGUCAUUUCAGUCCACCUUUCACAUUUACAAUCCACAAACAUGCAGGGGCCAAUAAACCUGAUUUGCUAAUUGUGCAUUAAAUGAUCACUGGCUCAUAUCUUUGUUCUGAGAAAUCUGCAACCUUCUGUUCUUUUGUUAAUCGGCCAUGGAAAUUGUGAAAAGAUGAGGGGGGACAGUACACUUUUUUUAAAUUGUCAUGUUGCUGUAACAUGAUAUCAUUCUGGAAAAUAAAAUAUGCUUUCAACAAAUUAUUUUAAAUAAAGGACAGACAACCUUUUUUGUGCAACUUCCGUUAUACCACCUUACAGCAUACUGUAAUUGCUUAAGAAUCCUAAUGCAGAGCUCAACUAUAGAAUCAAGGUCCUGAGUUCUUUUUUUUUUUUUACUGUAAUUGCUUAUGAAGCCUUAUUUACUGUUGAUACAUUUUGUAUUCUUCUUUUAAGUGUUUUUAUGUUUGUGUAUUUUAAUAUAUAAUCUGAUUUCUCUCCAUCAGUCUGUAGACUUUUCACUUUCACAAAGCUGUUAUCUUUGAAAAGAUAAAUUACUCAAAUAUAUGUAUUGUCAUAUCUAGUACACUAAAUAAAAAAACAACUCUGUCUUA